CGUUCUCCCCAGGUUGGUUCGGCCCCUGUCUACUCUGGGGUGGUGCUUAGCCGGCGCCAGACCGACCCUCGGCUCCGGAGCGGCAGUGCCGUUCCUCUCGGCGCCUCCUCGGCUUCUCCGGCUUCCUCGGCUUCCUCGGGGACCGCGGACCCUGGUAUAUGCCCGACUGCUGAGCCCGCUAAAGCCAUGUCGACCCCGGCCCGGCGCCGCCUCAUGAGGGACUUCAAGAGGUUACAGGAGGAUCCUCCGGCCGGAGUGAGCGGGGCUCCGUCGGAGAACAACAUAAUGGUUUGGAAUGCGGUCAUUUUUGGGCCCGAAGGGACCCCGUUUGAGGAUGGAACAUUUAAGCUUACAAUUGAAUUCACUGAAGAGUAUCCCAAUAAACCACCUACUGUUCGAUUUGUCUCUAAGAUGUUCCACCCUAAUGUCUAUGCAGAUGGUAGUAUAUGUCUGGAUAUACUUCAGAACCGUUGGAGUCCAACCUAUGAUGUGUCUUCAAUUUUAACGUCCAUACAGUCUCUAUUGGAUGAACCUAAUCCCAAUAGUCCAGCAAACAGCCAGGCUGCCCAGCUGUACCAGGAGAACAAGCGGGAAUAUGAAAAGCGUGUUUCUGCAAUAGUAGAACAAAGCUGGCGCGACUGUUGACUCAGGGUAGAGCAGAAGAAGAGGCUGGCCAUAAGAAAAAUGUAUAUUGAUGCAUUUAUCACCUUAUUCCUAAUUCAUUACAUUUACUUUAUUAAAAACAAAAUAGCUGUUGUGCUGUUUCUGUCUUCCCUUGGCAAGUUUUUCUUCCCCUUUCUGUCCUCCUGUGGAGCAUCAGAGAUAUUAUUUGAAAUCCAAUGUACUGUACCUGGGUUACUUGCAAACAUUACAAUUGCGUAUGUCCCUUUGUUGUAUCUCAUCUCCAGCCUCAAAGCAGUUAUCAGGUUACUGUACUUUUUAUACUAAGCUUUUAAGAUAAAAUAUUAUGUAUAGUCUGGUGACCAGGAUGUUACAUUUGUAACAAAAUGAUUGCUGCUGUGUUUCAUCCUGGCCAUUCCUUCCCUUGUGUUUGAUUUGGCGAAGAAUAUAUUUAGAAUAUGACCUAAAGAAAACAGGAAUACAUUCAUAUAAACAAUAUAUGAAAGGGGAAGGAAAGCUGAAAAACCCUAUACUCAUUUGUAAGCAAUAUGAACUACAAGAUGGCACUUACUGGUAACAAGGAGACUGCUAAAGGACCCAGCUAACAAACUGAAGCAAUUUUAAUAACUGACACAGUCCACUUUGUGCAAGAUAUUCAUAGUGUAAACUCAUUGUUUUGGAAUUCUGGCCUUCAGAAUUGUUUUUUAUAGAGGUGUGAGAACAGGACUAGACUUUUUUUUUAAAGUUAGGAAAAACUGAAGAUCCUCUAUUAAAGGAGCAGUGUUGCCCUAAAUGAACUUUCCUUUUUAUAUUCAAGAAAGGGAGUGUAUCUUGCAAACUUUUCCCAUUCAAAUCCUGAGUUAAUGCUGCAUGCUUUCAGUGUUUUGAGAACCUUCUAAUGCCCAUAUCUGCAAUUUUUUCUUUGGAUAUUUACACUUUUAAAUAUACAGUAUGGGGCAAGGCUUGUAAAUGUUUUGUCUAAUAUAUUUUCAUUGUUAAUCUAUUAUGCAUUUAUAGCAUUUCUAACUUUGCACAAGUAACCCAUGUAAAAACUGUACAUUUUCAAAAGUUGUAAAUAAAAAAAUAACCUUAAAA